CAGCGUCAGCCACAGCUUCCAUGACCCCUCUUCGAAGCUUGUCCUGCAAGGGUUAUAGCAAAGCCAUCCCCUUCUCUGCUGCCAGCCGCCCCCUUCAAUUUCGACACCAAUUUCCUGCCUCGCAGAAAUAUUGUAGAUUUGCAUCUACCAGUUCUGCUGCGGUUGCUAUUCGAUUGAAGCCGACAACGACAACUCUCUCCAACGAGAUCCCAUCAGUCAUGGACGCGAAGGUUAAACAGCAGUAUCUCGCUGACUCUCCACCCACCGUGGUCAGGCUCGAGAUCAAGCCUCACUUCGAGGCGCUGGAUGAUAAGCAAAAACGCUAUGCUCACUUCAUUAGCAGGGCGGCUUUCCAAGGAACUCGGAUCACUCUACGUCAAGUCUCUCCGGAAUCCGAACCUGUCUACGACCUGAUCAUCUCUCUUUACCGUGCUUGCAAUGGCGAUUGGAACUCCCUGGCACAGAAGACCAGCGUUAGCGCAGAAAACCUACGCUUCUUCUUGGAAUACGCGGCUCAGUUCUUAGGCAAUUGCGGGUCGUAUAAAGGAUUCGGGGAUUCCAAGUUUGUUCCUAGAAUACCUGCUGAUGCCCUGCAAACUCUCGCCUCCGUUACUCCAGAAACAAAGGCAGCAUGGGAAAAGGCAACCAAAUCUGGUGGAGGGAUAUAUGAAACUGCUACUACCAGCCUUAUGCAUCUGGGAUAUCCGGAAAACGGACAUAUGUCGACGUAUUACCCCAAUUCCCCAACCAUCACGAAUGAAGAGAUCUCUCUGAUAGCUUCCUUUUUGGAACAUAAAAAGUUAUUACCGGAAAAUACGAGAUUGCGGAAAACGGAGUCCGGGGAUUUCGAACUGCUGAUUGCAUCUGCAGAUAAGUCCCCGGCGGGGAAUGAUCGAGAUGCUGGUGAUGCUUAUCAAUGGGAACUUGAAGGCAAACUACAAGGCAAAACUCUUCGCCUUGUCUUUGGUGACCACUCCGAGGAAAUGGCCAAAAUUGCGCAGAGUGUCAAACAGGCAGGCCUGAACGCUGCAAAUGACAUUCAAAGGAGAAUGCAUCAGGAAUACUUUCGGUCUUUCACCACUGGCUCCCUGGAAGCGUACAAGCAAAGCCAAAGAGAGUGGAUCAAGGAUGUGGGCCCUAUGGUCGAGUCAGAUCUUGGGUUUGUGGAAACAUAUAGAGACCCUCAUGGUGUCCGUGGAGAAUGGGAGGGGUUUGCGGCUAUGGUCAACCAAGAGCGGACUAAAGCGUUUGGAAAACUUGUUGCGAACGCGGAGUCGAUGAUCCCAAAACUUCCUUGGGGCAAAGACUUUGAGAAAGAUAAAUUCCUCUCUCCAGAUUUUACUUCACUAGAAGUUCUCUCCUUUGCCGGCAGCGGAAUACCCGCUGGCAUUAACAUACCAAACUAUGAUGAUAUUAGACAGAACUUGGGGUAUAAGAAUGUGUCCCUAGGCAACGUUUUGAGCGCCAAAGCGCCAAAUGAACCCGUACCAUUUAUAAGAGAGCAGGAUCUUCAAGUAUUCCGAGACUACCGCGAUCCUGCGUUUGAGGUCCAGGUCGGAAUCCACGAAUUACUGGGCCAUGGGACCGGCAAACUACUUCAAGAGACAGCUCCUGGCGAGUUUAACUUUGAUAUUUCCAACCCACCAAUCAGCCCCAUAACACAAAAACCAAUAACGACCUGGUACAAGCCAGGGCAAACGUGGAGCUCAGUCUUCGGGUCGAUCGCUUCAUCGUACGAAGAGUGUCGGGCGGAAUGCGUGGCAAUGGUUCUCGGCUGCGACUUCAAAAUAUUAGAGCUUUUUGGCUUUGGCAACGGCGAAGAAGAUAUAAAUGGUAAGGCAGGCAAUGUCCUGUAUGCCAGCUAUCUACAGAUGGCCAGGGCUGGUGUAGUGGCGCUCGAGUUCUGGGAUCCUAAGAGCUCGAAGUGGGGGCAGGCCCACAUGCAAGCGCGCUACAGCAUUUUACGCACAUUCCUGGAUGCCGGGGGCGAUUUUGUGAGAUUGGUGCAUACUAAAGAUGACCUUUCCGAUCUUGAGAUUCACCUUGACCGGUCCAAAAUCUUAAGCCAUGGUCGACCAGCGGUAGAGAAGUACCUACAAAAGCUCCAUAUUUACAAGGCAACGGGAGAUUUCAAAGCGGGCAAAGCGCUGUACGACGACAUUACGAAUGUUGAUCAAUGGUGGGGAUCGCAAGUGCGACCGGUGGUUCUACAGAAAAAGAUCCCGCGCAAAGUGUUUGUGCAAGCCAACACGGUCCUUGAGGGCGAUAAGGUGGUGCUGAAGGAAUAUGAACCAACAUUGGAGGGUAUGAUUCAAAGCUAUGCUGAGCGCGAUGUGUGAAGCAAGUGAUGGAGCCGAUGGGGGCUUGGGUCGAACUUCUGCAUUGAGCCGUUAUUGUUAAUUAUCAUUAUCCAGUUUCUCAUGUUCAUGUAACGUUGUUGUCUCACGAUAUUGUCGCGAGCAAAGCCGAAAUGCAGGAAAUGAAAUAACCUCACUCAUGAGUGCAGGAAAAUGGGGAGAGAGAAAGAGGAGAAUAUGAUAAUAAUAAACGCGUAUCAUCUCUCAGCGAGAGAAAUAAAAUACUCAAUUUUGCG